CAAAGUCAAAGAGACCAGGCUGCUCCACGGGCCAAGGGGCAGAGCUGCCUCCGCCUCCCGCUGGGCAGGACGCCUUGCAGGGUGGCCUCUCCGCCACAAGUCUGGGCGCCGGCGGCGCGAACCAGCCCUCGGACAGGCGCCAUGUGGCUCACCCUGGUGCUGCUGGCCGCGCUGCUGCUGCUGCUGGCCGUCCUCCGCCAAGUUUACUCAGGCAGCUCCCCCAACCCUUUCUCCGAGGACGUCACACGGCCCCCCGCGCCCCUGGUGACCGACAAGGAGGCCCGGAAGAAGGUUCUGAAACAAGCUUUCUCAGCCAGCCGGGUGCCCGAGAAGCUGGACGUGGUGGUGAUUGGCAGUGGCAUUGGGGGCCUGGCUGCAGCCGCGAUUCUGGCCAAAGCUGGCAAGCGAGUUCUGGUGCUGGAACAGCACACCAAGGCGGGAGGCUGUUGUCAUACCUUUGGAAAGGAUGGCCUCGAGUUUGACACAGGAAUCCAUUAUAUUGGGAGGAUGCAGGAAGGCAGCUUGAACCGUUUUAUCUUGGACCAGAUCACUGAGGGGCAGCUGGACUGGGCUGCUUUGUCCUCUCCCUUUGACGUCAUGGUACUCGAAGGGCCCAGUGGUCGAAAGGAGUUCCCCAUGUACAGCGGGGAGAAAGCCUACAUUCAGGGUCUCAAGGAGAAGUUUCCCCAGGAAGAAGCUGCCAUUGACAAGUAUAUAAAGCUGGUUAAGCUGGCAUCCAGGGGAGCCUUUCAUGCCAUCUUGUUGAAGACCCUCCCGCUGCCUGUGGCUCAGUUCCUCGGCAGGUGUGGGCUGCUCACCUGGUUCUCUCCAUUCCUUCGCGGGUCCACGCAGAGCCUGGCCGAGGCCCUGCAGCAGCUGCCGGCCUCCCGGGAGCUCCAGGCGGUGCUCAGCUACAUCUUCCCCACGUAUGGCGUGACCCCGAGCCGCACCGCCUUUUCCAUGCAUGCUCUGCUGGUUGACCACUACAUAAAAGGAGCCUUUUAUCCUCGAGGGGGUUCUAGUGAAAUCGCCUUUCACAUCAUCCCUGUGAUUCAGCGGGCUGGGGGCGCUGUCCUGACGAAGGCUUCUGUGCAGAGUGUGUUGCUGGACUCAGCUGGGAAAGCCUGUGGUGUCAGUGUGAAGAAGGGUCAAGAGCUGGUGAAUGUCCACUGCCCCAUCGUGAUCUCUGACGCAGGACUGUUCAAUACCUACAAGUACCUACUGCCAGAGACUGCCCGCUGUCUGCCAGGUGUGAAGCAGCAGCUAGAGAUGGUGCGGCCCGGCUUGGGCAUGUUCUCUGUCUUCAUGUGUCUGCGAGGCACCAAGAAGGACCUGGGGCUGCCGGCCACCAACCACUAUGUUUAUUUUGACACAGACAUGGACAAGGCGAUGGAGCACUACCUGUCUAUGCCGAGGGAAAAGGCUGCCGCACACAUGCCCUUUCUCAUAAUUGCUCCCUCAUCAGCUAAGGACCCGACUUGGGAGGACCGAUUCCCAGACCGGUCCACAGUGGUCGUGCUGGGGCCCACCUGCUAUGAGUGGUUUGAGGAGUGGCGGGACGAACCCAACGGAAAGCGGAGCAGCGACUACGAGACCCUCAAGUCCUCCUUUGUUGAAGCCUCUCUGUCGGUUGUCCUGAAGCUGUUCCCACAGCUCGAGGGAAAGGUCGACAGUGUGACCGGAGGAUCCCCGCUGACCAAUCAGUUCUAUCUGGCUGCUUACCAGGGAGCCUGCUAUGGGGCUGACCACGACCUGGGCCGCUUGCAUCCUCACGCGAUAGCCUCCAUCAGGCCCCAAAGCCCCAUCCCCAACCUCUACCUGACAGGCCAAGACACCUUCGUCUGCGGGUUGAUGGGGGCCACUCACGGGGCCCUUCUGUGCAGCAGCGCCAUCCUGAAGCGGAACGUGUACCUAGACCUGAAGAAGCUGGGUUCAAGGAUCCAGGCACAGAAAAAGAAGAAUUAGUCCGGUCAGGGAUGCGCUAGAUGAAUUUGGCUGGUGCUGUGGCACAGCCUGACUCAGGCAUGUCUUUCAGCAUUAGUUUCUGCUCGCACGAAGCACUCUCAUUCGUUUUUGAUUUCUGAAUGGAGAUCCGACCCGCAGGUCUCCCACAGAUCACAGUUCUUAACUGAAGCUCUUCCAGCUGGGGCAGGGGGUGAUCUUCCACCUUUCACAACACACUAACUACUAAGGCCCGGUGUGGGCUGCUGAUUUGGAUAGCUGGAUAGCCUUAAUGUCUCCCCAGCAGUGCUCUGCACCCCACCCCCAUACCUCCUAACAGUCAAACCAAAUAUUAAUUUUUGUUGUUAAUCCUCACCCAAAGAUUUUUUUUUUCUAUUGACUUUUAGAGAGAGUGAAAGGGAGGGGGAGAGAGGCAGAGAGAAACAUUGAUGUGAGAGAGACACAUCAAUUGGUUGCCUCCCACAUGCGCCCCAACUGGCGCUGGGGAUCAAGCCUGCAACCAAGGUACAUGCCCUUGACUGGAAUUGAACCCAGAACCUUUCAGUUCUCGGGCCGACACUCUAUCCACUGAGCCAAACCAGCUAGGGAAAACCGAAUAUUCUUGAAAGUGUUGGUCCAGUUGUCCCGAGGCUUCUCUCAUCACUCGAAAGUGCUCUGCUGCAGUCUACACUGUUAAGGAAGAAGGGUGUCCAACAAGGGUUAGUCAAAGCCUGGGCAUGGUUUUGGUUACAGGUUCAGAGGCCUCCAUAUCCCAUUUUUUGCUGGUUCUAAUGGCUCGCUCAGGGGUGGAAACAUGCCUGCGACAGGCUCAUUGCGGUUGUGGGGGCUGGAAGAAUAACAAAUACCAGUUUGCAAGGUGUGUGUUUAGAAGAUAAUAUUCAAUUCCUAUGCAGCCAAGGUCCUAGAUUUGUCUUCCUUAUGAUGCUCAGGAUGGCAGCACUGAGACACGCCCUUAUGGAGCUUAUACCGGAGCCUCAAGGCUUAUCUUUCAAAGAUAACAAAGGGUGACAUUGGUAGCCAGGGCACAGGCUGGAAAGGUGAUGUCACUGGGGUUGAAGCGGUCCGCAAGGGCAUUCCAGGCCAAGGGGACAGCAGAGGACAAGUGCCAAGAGUAAAUGAAUGAUGACCACGGGCCCAGCUACCUCCUAGACUAGACCAUGGGCUGCCUGGUGGGGAGGACUGGGGCUGCAAAUCAGUCACCAUCACAACACAGAAAGCUACAGGAUGCGUACAACCCUGGGAUGGCGUUUCCUGUUUAUUGGAGAUUGGAUGGGAAAGUAAAUGAAGACUACAGGUUAAGAAUAAAAGGACCUUUCACUUGUGUUAGGCCUCAUAUCACACAAUUCUAAUACAAUAUUAAUAAAUUCAAUGAUUUUAUAGCUUUA